UUGAUUCAACAUGACCCGCACAUCAUUUAUCAAUAUUGGGCCGCUUUAUCUCCUGCUCGUCCUGGGAAUGACCCUAGUUGCGACAGCCGUCAAUCCCAAGCGUGGUCUUGCUUUCGCCGACUCGCAAAACACUGGAGAUAUAAGCACUGCCGUCCAGAGUGGAACCAACAUUAGUUGGAUAUAUGACUGGGGUACCACGGCGCCUUCAUAUCUUAUGAUCCCGGGUAUCGCUUACUAUCCCAUGCAAUGGGGUGAGGGUGGCGUCGAAAGCUUUGGCAGCGAGGUUAUCUCUCAAGCCGCGACUGUUGCUCUGGGAUUCAACGAACCAGACUUUGCGACUCAAUCCAACAUCACCGCCUCGGACGCGGCCGCUCUGUGGAAGCAGUACAUUGACCCUCUCCAUGACAGUGGCAUCAAGCUCGUCGCACCUGCAGUAACAAACGCAGACACCGGUCUUCCUUGGUUAUCCGACUUCUUAGCUGCCUGUUCAGACUGUCACAUAGACGCAAUUGCUUUGCACUGGUAUGGUGACGGUUUGGGUUCAUUCUACGAUUAUAUCUGGUCGGCACACGGUCAAUUUGCGGACUACAACGUCUGGAUCACGGAAUUUGCGAGCACGAACUCGGACAGCUCUGUGGUGCUGGACUUUUUGAGCCAGUCCAUCGCGUAUCUCGAUAGCCUCGAUUGGAUUGAGAAGUACUCCUGGUUUGGGUUCUUCCGCGACGAUGGUACAUCAGCCUACAACUUACUGGACAGCGCCGGGGCUCUCAACGAUAGAGGCCAUGCUUACUUUGGAAUAUGAUUUGACGUGGCAUCUCUAUGCGAAAGAUGUCUGUUCCAGCGUGAAGGGUUGUUGAAGGGCUCUACUGAGACUACACUCGGAUUGAUUGCAUCUACUUUAAGCAUAUUUAUUCAUUGUGCAUGUACGCGUAGCAAGCAUGGAGUAUGCUUAUACCUUAGCCCAUGGUAUCGCUGC